AUGCAUUCAAUACUGCAAUUUGCGUUUAAUUGGGACCUUUUGGGUCAUUUUGCGUGUCUUUUUGCUGCAGUUGGGUCUCGUUCUGCGCGCCCCGCGGCGCCCGCGCCCGUGGCCGCGCCCCCGAGCCCCCCCCCCAUGGCCAGCAGCAGCGGCGGCGGAGGCUUCAUGGCCAACAUGGUGGGAAAUGUGGCGAGUGGAAUGGCCUCGGGAGUGGGCUUUGGCGUGGCCCAGAGGGCCGUGGACGCAGUCAUGGGCCCGCGCUCUAUGGAAGUUGUGCACACGAACACAGCGCCUGCGGCCGCCGCGCCGCAGCAGCCGAUGCAGCUGGGGGCGCAGCAGCAAAACCCCUGCGCAGCUUACCAGGAAGAACUUAACCAGUGCAUGACCCGCCACACGGACAUCACUCUUUGCCAGAACUACCUGGACAACCUGAAGGCGUGUCAGACCACUAUGAACAGGACCUAA